UUAUUCUCAAGUAUUUCUCCUGAUUUAUUUUCUUGUCUAUUGUUUUUUCUCAAAAUGAUAAAAUAUUAUUGUAAUUUACUCAUAUGCAUCUAUAGACAUAGAUCUAUCUUUAUGCUUCAUUGAUUUUCUUGUCAAGUGUUAUAAGAAUAAAUCUAAGUAAUUGACUCAAUCAUAUAAUCUAUACCAUUAAUGAAAAUUUGAAUAAUAAUAAUAAAUAUUCUAGAAUUUUAAUUAAUUUAAAUAAGGAUAAUAAAUAAAUAUUUCUGAUCGAAUUGUAAAAGUGAAAGCAGCGCUUUCUAUCGACAUUAUUUCUUUUUUUUUUGUCUCUUUAUUCCUAUUCGUAUAAAAAAAGGAAACCAACAGAAUAUAUUUAUUAUCUAUCUGUCAUCAGAUGUUAAUCUUGUUUAUAAAAAGUUGUUUUAUCACUGGUCGAAAGCGUUUAACGAUGAAAGUCAUCUUUAUAAUAUUAUUCUUAAUCAUUAUUUAUCUAUGUUCACACCUUGUCAAUUCAUCGAUAUCAGAACGAAACUCAAUUAAAUUAUCAUAUUUUAAAUUAUUUAGAGGUACAUUCAUUUCACUUUCAAUUUAUUCAAAAUUUUUAUAAAUUUUAUAAUAUUUUAAUUCUUUUGUUUUUGUCUUUAAUAGAAAAACGAGCAGUCAGUGAAAAAAAACUUGCACCAUAUAAUUCAAUAUUGGGUGUCGCUUCAUCAAAUGUAGUUGCUUAUUCAAAUGGUAAUGAUAGUUAUUAUUCAAAUGAAGAUAGUUAUUUAUAUGGAAUAUAUAUGGGAUUAAAAUGGCAAUGUGUUGAAUAUGCACGUCGAUGGUCUUUUUUACGUAAAAGUUCGAUAUUUGAAAGUGUUAAAGGUGCUAAUGAUAUGUGGAAUCAAUUAAAAUAUAUUGAAAGAGUUCUUGAUAAAGAAAAAAUUCCAUUAAAAAAACAUUCAAAUGGUUCUCCAAAUCGACCAAUAAAUGAAUCAUAUUUAAUUUAUCCAAUACAAAAAGAUAUGCCUUAUGGACAUGUUGCUAUUAUUGUUGAUGUUUUUAAUAAUUCAAUUAGAAUAGCUGAACAAAAUUUUUAUUUUAAUUAUUGGAAAAUGAAUUAUUCAAGAGAAAUUCCAUAUAGAUUUAUAAAUAAUCUUUAUUAUAUUGAAGAUAUAUAUCAGAUUUAUGGAUGGAUUGAAAUACAGGAUCAUAAACAAUUAAAACCAUUA